AUGCAAUGGCACGCACGAACCGGAAGCAUACAAGAAAUGCAACAGCACGAGUCGCGCAAUAGACCGCACGGUACGACUACGUCAACCACGGAUGACAAGGCUUGGCAUGCUGUUCCUACCGCAACCGGCUGGAAUGUAACUGGAAUGUGGCUGGCCCUUUCGAUGCUUGAGACUCCCGCCCCGGGCGCGGAGGUCGGCUACGCUUCUACGCCUUCAGAUGGCCGACGACAAUCAACGCAGAUUCCUUCUUCUCCAUACCACAGCGUCUACAGACAACUGCCGCAUCUGUUCAGUGGCUUCUGUCCAGGCAACGGUACAGAUGAUGAGGAUCAGAUAUCAGACGAUGAUGAGGAGCCCUCACCCGAAUCCUUGGCCCCGCGCGAGAACUUCCUGGGCCGGGUACAGAGUUACUCCAAAUUGAUGCACGCCCAUACACAAUCGCAGCUCGCAUCGCCCUCGGUGGGGACACUGCUAUCGUACGCAAAGUCCAUGCACGCUUUCACGCUCAACCAACUCAACCACAGCCAGACGACUACUCAGAGUGCGAGGAACAGUCCACAGCUUGGUCCUGGUGGAAGACGGAUGGUGCUGCGGAGACAUAUUUGUGAAGGAUUGAAGAGGCUGAACUUGGGCGAGACGCCCAACCCGGCGAACACACCUGUGCAUGGACAUAGCCAUUGGCAUGCGGAGCGAAGGAGGAUGGGGGCAUCGAGGAGUUUGACGGAGCCUGUGGAUUUUGGUGUGCCCGUGACGAGGAAGGAUUUCGCCAUGGCCUGA